AUGGAGGAAAAAGCACGAGUGAUGGCGAGACUAAAUCGGCGAAGAAGUGAUAUCGCGGUCGGUCUUAAUGAUUGGCCGCCAGCCGCGGAUAUGAUGAAAUUGCGGUGGGUAGAAGAAUUGUCUCGUGAAGCUCACCUCUGGGCGGACCAAUGCAGACCUCCGGGAAACUCUGAAGAAUACGACGUUUGUCGUGAUUUAUAUUCGACAACAGUGGGCCAAUGUAUUGCUUCGAUAAUUGGUGAAGCGCCAGGCCUUCGGCCCGAAACCAUGGUGGAUAUUUGGUACAUGCAACGAAUAUCGUACGAAGGAAAUUUUACAUCAUAUAAUCCACCAACACAUCCAAGCCAAUAUUAUGGAGAUUUUGCCCAAAUGGUUUGGUCCCGGACUUAUAUGGUCGGAUGCGGUAGAAGUAGAUUUAUGGCACUAUGGCGUGGUCGUCUCCGAAGCGUAGAACGACUAGUCUGCAAUUUUGCACCGCGAGGUCCUGUACCAGCUCGGGCCUUAUGGACUCCUGGUCUUCCUUCUUCCAUGUGCCCACCGCGAUCCCGUCCUGACCCCCAAUUACCGGGACUGUGUACCUUUCACUCUGAUCUUACUAUAAGUGAUGAUACAGCAAAUAUUACAAGUCUAGAGGAAAACCUAUUAUUGGAUACAGUACUAGAUAUAGAAAAUAAUGAUACCCUAAACUACAUUGAAUCUUUAGAUGAAAUUUUCUUAAAGAAACUAGCAGUUGCAAAUUUUGAUUAUAUCACCACUGACAAAUAUAACAAUUAUAUUAACAAAAGAGAAUUAGUUGAUCAUUUUGAAAUGAAUGAAGUAAUAAUUCCGGUAUCGGAAACUGAAGCAACAAUAUCUAUAAUAGAAGAAAAAACAACUAAGAGAACGAAGAAAAAUAAUAUAAUUGGACGUCCGAAGUCCUAUAAUUUGGAAGACUUAGAAGAACUUACACCUGAAAAUAUAAUAAGAAAUGAUAUAAGUGAUAAAACAACAGACUCUAAGGACCUCUAUGCUGAUUUGGAUUAUUCUAAUGAUGACAACUAUGGGAUUUUGGUCAGAGGUUCUAUGAUAAACUCAAAAUCGGUUAAUAAGGAAAAGACAAAUGUAUCACAAAUAGCUACAACGUUCUUCGAAAUGAGUAAUAUUACAGAGGAAGCAAAUGUAGCAACAUCUACUAAUAUAAGUAGCUUUAUGAAAGGAUCGGGCUUAGUUUCAAAUAAAACAACUAAACGCGAUGAUCUAGAAGACUAUCUUUCAGAUCCGGAAACAUUUCGACAACUUCAGGAAGCGUUAGAGAGAAUGGAAAACAGUUUAGCUGUACCCACCUUAACUGCAGGGAAGGUCCGCCGUGACUUAAGAACACCGCCUCCAAACAGGACUCUGGUGAACCGACAAAGAAUACCUCCUGAAGUGUUACAAGCUGAAUUGGAAAGAAACAAAACGCUUGAGAGAGGUCCGAUGCUCAAUAUGGUGAUGAAAUAUCUGCCAUAUUUAAAAUCUUACGAGAAGACUUUAAUUGGUGAUGGAUCUACGAACAGCGUAGCUAGGCUGAUGCCAAAUAUUCUGGCUAUUAUUUUGUGCAUGUGA